GCAAACUCAACACACAAAACUGCAAAGAAGUAGUAUGCGCUUCACUUAAGAGUCCCAUUUUGCCUUGGAUGCAGCCUUGCCAACUUGCCUGGUAGAUGCAGGAGCAUUGACGGCUUUUGCGUUAUUUAUGAGACUUGCAUAGAUACCUUGUAAUUUUGUAGCUUGGUCAGUUUGAACGGUAAAUUGGAAGCACGGCCAGAACCUAGAAGCGAAGGCGGACGUCACAAGCUGGGAAGCGUCGUGUCCGUGGUGGCUCUGGCAUGGAACAUACACUGGAAUACAAUGUGCUUAAGGAGCGUGCAUACACAACGCGGGGAGUUAUCUCUCAGCCUUCUCUUGAGGAAAUGCAACUUUGGGUCUCCGGUGCGAACCGGAGACGCAGCAAUUGCUAUGCGGCGGAGCCCGAGGCGCUUGAGCAUCCUGCCGAGUCGUUUAAGGCGCUCGAGCAGCGAUAUCACCUGGAGGAUGUCUGGGGCCAGAAUACAACACCUGCCAUGCAGACACUGGAGUGCAUUCAAAAAGUAAAACAAGCGCUGGUGGAAGGUUCGGAUCCGGAGGAUUCAAUUUCUGGCAAAACCUUUUCAAUCCUCGUGGCUAUAAGCCUGGCAGCCGCCGUCCUCAUCGUCCUUGUUUGGGAGCUCUAUCUCCGGCCGCGGGAUCGGGGCGGCAUGCGGUCCGUGUAGUGCGGUCUCGUGGGCCCGCCCGCUCCGACGUAUGCGGUGGAGUGGUGUGGCCCCAACCAGAUGCGAGUCCCUCUACCUGGUCUCGGGGACUUGAUCUGCCCCCUGUUCAUCGGAGUGUGCAUAAUAUGGGCGUCACACCGCGCAAAUGGGACGGAAGCAGUGAGGUACAGAGACCGAGAGGAGGAGGGAGCUACAAAUUGAAGUGGUUGGUGUGGUGAGCGGACAGGGCGUGGAAGGUGGUGGUGUCCAAAACGCGCUCGAAACCCAACACGCAAGAAAGCCGGGGAAGCUUUACUGUACCCCGCACAUUCGAGGUCAAAGGAAUCCAAUCAGAAACUACUAUCAAGCACGGCGCCCGUUGCGUGCACGUCUCUUUAUAUACAUGUGCUCAUGGUGCGCUCACAGUUCUUUACUAAUCUACUUAUGCGUAAGUACGGCGGGCCGGUGUCGUAGGUCUUUAUUGCUGUCUGGAUAGUGGCUAUCGUACAAGCAAGCACAGGGUUGCAUGGUAGGUGUGGUUGAUGCGUGCCUCCCUAAUUACUGCGCAGAACGGAAACCACGCACUGGCCGCCCGCUGCUGCAUUUGCAGUGGUGGCGCUUCAUGUACACGCAUGUGUAUGUGAGCUUGUGGUGGCGGCCUGAUGUAUGUGAGCCCAGAGAGAGGAGAGGGUGAGAGUGGCGUGGUGGCUGGAUGGUGGAUGAUGAGGAAAAGGAUCGGAACAUGAGGGGAAGAAGAUGAGGCCCGGCAUGCCUGGCGUUCAUGUAGAGUCGUAGCGGUAUUGUUGAAGUCGAGAGUGAGGGCGGGUAGUUGCGCGAGUUGAGCCAAACUAGUAUCCCGUGUUUGCCGGGAAGAAUCAACGAAACACAUGUCUGGACUUCCGGAAAACGAAGGGAACGAAGGAAGAGCUGAGAUGCGGUCUGCUGUCUUGCUGCCGUUGCUGCUGUGGGAUUCGUAUCCAUACUGCUUUCGCAUGGUCGUGACUUCCUGAUGAGUUGCGUGGACAUUGUAGUAGCGAGCAGCGGUUGUGCGUGAUGUGAUGCGAUGAGACGGCGUAAUGGUCAUGCCAUCCAUCACAACUUGCUGCAACAGCACAACGGAUUGGAAACUGAUUUGAAACAGAUCUGAACCUGACAGGAAACAUGACGGGAAAAGGAGGAACCCAACCAACUGCCUGUCAAUUGUUGGCUUCUUGCGGGUAGCUGGUGGUAUUGAUGGUGGUGGUGGUUAUCUGCGGUUUGGGGUUUGGUUUACGAGAAGGAAUUGCUUAGGUACUUGCCGCUGUGACAUGAAUUGGGUUGGAUUUGAGCUGCUGCGUAUUUCACUGUCCUGACGAGAGGUACUGACCGCGAUGAGGUAUGUGAGCAUGUGUGUGGCAGUUGUUAACGGCAUGUGUUUGUGUUUGCGUUGGAGGGAGUGUGUGUACAACGGAUGCGGUGUCCUGCAUGAAUCAUGGGAACAUGGGCUGUGUUGCACAGAUGGGUAGCUAGUUGCAUGCAGCACGUAUACUAACACUGCUGUUGGUCCUUACAAGGCCGGCGGUGCGCAUGCAUGCAGGUGUGUUAAAUUUACCUAGCAAUGCAUCUGUUAACAGAACUGUGUGCAUGCGUGUAUGUAUGACGGGGGUUCUGACGGGUGGCCUAUCAUGUGCGCACUGUUGGAAAUGCGGCGCCGGCGGUGGUGGUAGGCAGACGGGUGAUAACUCUACUGAGUUCAUGCGUUUGGGCAGCACGGGCGUAAGGCGGGGGGUUCCGUGCGAGUGGCGAGGCUGGCGGUGUUUGCAAGGGGAUGCUAUGGCUGUUUCGGUAUUUUACCAGUGACUGAGUGAGCAUCCGAUCGGGAGGGGCUAGUGAAGAAGCAGGUGCAAGGUAGGGUUUUGGUGAGAAUGGGUGAGGCGGGCGGGUGUGUGAGCAUGCAUGCAUCUCACUCCGAAGCAAGCUGCGGUGCAUGCGCAAGUGUGGCACGAACCGGAGCGGAUUGUAGAGUGUUGCAUUAAUUCGUGGGUGUGGUGACUUCAUUGUGUUACGAGGCCUGCGAGGGGAUGCACAUGGCUGGUGGUGGUAAGCGUAGGGUGUGGUUUCUGUUGUGUUUCACCUCUCUCAUGCUUUAAUGCGGAGGGUGUCUCCUUAACGAAGGCAUGAAAGGGGAGGGGAACACAUGCAGAUGAUUAUAUCGACCGAGGUUUUUGGAGGCAAGCUAAGGACUGCUUACGAAUUGCUACCGGAGGAUUGGGAGACAACUUGGAAGUCGCGAAUUUGGAGUCUUGAAUACCGAUCCCUAAUCUUGACGUUUUCUGUUCAGCCGCAUACUCGCUUUUGCAUGCACUUCUUUCCGAAGGUUUUGCGCAACGUGCGUCUUGCCCUUCCUGUUGCCUUCUCACGUCAUCAUUCGCUCAGAUUCUCCUAUCCUGCCUUGGCAGCAUUUGGCGUCCUACAUACUGGGACGCGACGGCGGGGCUGUUGAGGGGGUUGAAGGGUAGCCCGCUUAUUACACAUAUCGGUAUAAGGGCGUUAACAUUGUACAGGCUUCCUGUACAGCAGGCAACGUGGGUGCAUGGGAGUUGCAGGGAAUUAUUUUGCGUGCAGUAGAUGGUUCUUUCAGCCUUUCUUUCAUGCACGGUAUUUAGCCGCGGGCACGUUUUUGCAAGUGAAUUGUGCGGGAGAAUCCCUUGCCUGCCUCGGUCGGUCAAGCGACCGUUCGUGCAGUAGCCAAUGGCGGCUUGGUUGGUUGCAGUUGGCCACGUCCGAAGUUGUCUUGGCAACUCCGCACCCCAUGCAUCUAUGUGUGCUUCUUUGCCGUACGUGUGCUCCUUUGCACAACCUUUUGUGCAUGAGAUGCCUGGAUGGCUCACUUGAGGACCCUGCAGCAUGUGCAGGGACUUCCGGAAGCACGUGUAACGCUACAUAACGGGUGCGGUGGAAACCGUUACCAGUUAUCGUUUGAAUACCGUUAUGUAAAGCUGGUAUGAG